UCGGAGCGAUUGUUUCGUAUUAGAGGGAAUUAUUGGCUGAAAUGUUGGCAAUUCAUCAACACGUCAAACUUCAGAAGUCUCUAGGAAGUCCGGCCAGCUGCGGUGAUUAACCCGUGAGCAAGUGUGAUUAUAUACAAUUUUGCUGUGGGGUGUGAGCAACCCCGGUAUUUCAGAGAUAUUUUAAUCAUCAGAACAAACGAAUCAUUGGGAAUAUUAAAAUUGUUUAUAUGAUUUCGUGAUAAAUUCAUUGAUAAAAUGGGUGGAUUGCUGAGUUACUUUCGAAAUCUCGUGGGGAGUCGAGAGAUGAGGAUUCUCAUCCUUGGACUUGAUGGUGCUGGCAAGACGACAAUUCUGUACAGACUCCAGGUUGGAGAGGUCGUUACUACGAUCCCAACGAUUGGAUUCAACGUUGAACAAGUUACAUUUAAAAACCUCAAGUUCCAGGUCUGGGAUUUGGGAGGACAAACGAGUAUUAGACCUUACUGGAGAUGUUACUACUCCAAUACAGACGCUAUUAUUUACGUGGUGGAUUCAGCAGACAGGGAUAGAAUAGGGAUAUCCAAGGAUGAGUUACUCUACAUGCUCAGGGAGGAUGAACUCCAGGGAGCGAUCCUAGUUGUCCUGGCUAAUAAACAAGAUAUGCCAGGGUGUUUAAGUGUAGCUGAAGUUCACCAGGCACUUGGUCUCGAUGCUCUGAAAAACAGAACAUUCCAGAUCUUCAAAACAUCGGCGAAAAAGGGAGAAGGGCUCGAUCAAGCAAUGGACUGGCUGGCAAAUGCACUGCAAAGUAGAACAUGAUUCGUUAUUAAUCCAGAAAUAAUAAAUUAUUUCUGCGAUAAGAGGAAAAUUUUUGUAAACUUGCGUCAUCGAAGGAAGAAAAAAAAUGCGAGGGGAUUCAGUUAUUUAUUAAUGAUUGAAUGGUUUAUUGAAUGAGGCAUGAAUGGUUAUAGUUUUGUGCGUGAAUGUGACAAGUUUUGAUGAUGUGAUGUCCGCUGGAAGUCAAAUCAAUAGACAAUAUUUUUCUUUAUCCACGUAAAUUCUGGACUUGACAUGAGUAAAGAGAGAUAAAUUCCUCGUGCACAUCUAUGGAAGGGUCUAAAUAACUUUGUAAAUUCAUCCCUUCACCCAUGGUCAAUUCCAGAAGUUUUAUCUUCAUUAUAAUUACGUGUAAUCGUUCAUCUAAUUUUCUUUUCUAUGGAGUCAUUUUUGAAUGUGUGAGUGAUACUGAAUGCCAAAUGCGGGUUAGAUAAACUGAAUAAUAUAAUUCCAAUUAAUUUUCACGAAUGAAAUUGACAUGUUGGGUAGAUUUUUGAUAAUCCAUUCCCAUAAAAAAUUAAAAGAACAAUUACGAAAAACUUGGCCUGAUGUAACGGACCAAAAACCAAAUGCAAUUAAAAAUAAUGAUCAGUCUUUUUUAUCGUUUUUGUUUUGUCGAACGAUCGAACAGUCAAUGUUCAGUUCAAUGAAUAAUGAAAAUAAAAUUGAUGAAAAUUAAGGAAAAACAA